UGCCGGCUGCACAUGGAGCAGUGUUCCAGCACACAAAGGUUCUAAGUUUAGUUUCUCUGUUGUUGAGAUGGUGCCGGCAGGCCUUCGAAGGUCUCACAUUGUGGAUUAACUCCUGUCUUUUGCGCUUCAGUUUUGGGUCUUUUCAUCCUCCAUUUCAAUCUAUAAUCACUGAACCACUAAGGGAGGUGAUCCGGGUUUCCAGAGUGGUCUGGAGAUGCAGAAGACCAAUAAGAAGAAGCGAGCUCAGAGGACCAGCACUAACCUCACAAAAGCAGCUCAUCACCUCGCUGUGCACACCUACAGUAAUUUGCACCCUGCUCCUACCCUUCGUUUGGAGCCCAGUGCAACAUUUUCUGUUGCCAACCACACCAGUGGAACCCAUUUCAUAUUUGGACCUGUGGCUGGUGCUGCUGCAGCGACAGCUCUCCGAUUGGCUCAGAUUGAGACUCAGGCACAGAUUGCUCUCCAGCAGCUUGCUACUCUAGCAACCAUAACUGUUGGCGACCAGUGUCACAACAACAACAACGGACUUGCGGCGGCAUUACCUCCUCACCUGGCCCUCCUGAGUCUUCUCAAUAGACAGCAGGUGUCAGCUGUUGGGUUUACCGUGGAUUCAAACAGCAAAACUUACAGAAACACACGGCCGAGUCUGUCUGCUGCCAUGUACCACCACCACCACUCCCAGCAACAAGGGCCACAACCCUUCUCUAAUGGGCCCAGGCCUCCACAUCAUCAGCCAACUCCAAAUCAACAUCAGAAUCGUUCUCCCUCCAAUAUGCUGUCGCAGGUGAUGGGUUUCCAGUUUCCUCGUCCUACCCAGCUCCCUGAUGAGCUAGAGUCCGCCCUGGCUAUCCGGGGUGCUAGGGACAUGGAUCACCGCCUCAUUGACCACAUGAACCGACCGAACCAACAUCAGAGCCAUGGCUCAGGUUCUGGGAUCAGUCAACAUGGAAGCUACGGCUCUAACCCAGCAACACUCACCUCUGAUAAUCAGCCUGGCCACCAGCAAGGAGUAGACUGGUCAAGCUACCAACCUCCAACUAAACUGUUUGCCGGUCCUCCACCUAGUGCUAGCCACCAGUCCCAACGACACCAGGGACCUCAACAGCAGCCACAAAGUAGCCAUGCUGGAACAAGCAUGCCAAGCUGGACUGUCCCAGUAAAUGACUCACCAUCACCCCAAGCACGGCAACCUCAUGGUGGCGGAAGUGGUGGUGAUGGUCAGGCUUUGUACACACCAGAGAGUGCAGGAAGCAUCUUGGCUAGCUUUGGACUUUCAAACGAGGACUUAGAAGUACUGAGUCACUACCCUGAUGAUCAGCUAACCCCAGAUACUUUACCAUUCAUACUCCGUGACAUCCAGAUCAACAAGUCAGGCAACCAGAAAACUGUGGCUUCCACUUCCUCAUCCUCGUUCUCACGCAGCAUCCACGAUAUGCCUUCCCGCUCUUCACCAUUGGCACAUUCAAACUCACCAGAAGUGCCCAGCCUUCUUACUGUUACACAGACAGCAGGAAAAGUCAUUGACUAUGGUCAUGCCAGUCGGGCAAAGGACGAGAGUAAUACAAGAGAGACUUUCAAAAGAGAGCGGCUGUCCGGUGAAAGGACAGUUAAAAUGUACCCAUCCUCGUCGUCGUCCUCCUCAUCAGUUCCAAAACUAGAUAAAGCUGAAAGGCGGCAGGUUCGUUUGGAACACGGUGAAUCAAGCAAGCAUGGUGACCGGGACUAUCGAAGGCCGAGUAGUGACCAUCGCAAGAGCAAUCGGUCGCCUGGGAGAGAAUUUCCACCAGCAUCCAAAUCACGUAAUCUAGACCGAGACUACAGGCGUGAAGCACCCAAACCUAGAUCCCCAUCUGAAACCAAGAGCGAAGCAUCCUCGAGGCGGUCUCUCUCUUCUUCGUCUGGCUCAAAACUACACAGCAGCAGCAAGAAGUUACCUACCCCCACCAUGAUAAGUGAUUUCUCAGCUGUGUCUCCAAAGGUGUAUCCCCAUACCUGCUCCCUGUGCCACACACAGUGUGAUCAGGAAAAGGACUGGGUUGACCAUAUUAACACCGUCAACCACACUGCUGCCUGCAGAGACCUGCGCAACAAGUACCCUGGCUGGAAACCAAAUCUACCAAGUCGGAGUGGACAGUACGGCAGCCGGGCUCUGUGGGAUCCCAAGAAUCACUCUCCAUCCCAUUCUGUGUCUCGAUCCCUCUCUGGUUCUCCUACCCCAAGUCCUCCUCACGGCAAACACAGAGUGGGCCCCCAUCCCUAUAGGCCGCACGCAGAGCCUUACUCUCCUCACUAUCAACCUCGCCACCAACACUACACAGGGGGUUCCUCUCGCAGUGGUCUGAAGCGUCCGCAUGAUGUUUCAACCAAGUUCUCCGCUGGCCCCGGCCGACAUCCAUCCUCCUCUAAGGCGGGUCAUAGCUCCAAACAUGGACCGUUACAGUCCUCCACCAAAACUGUCAAGAGCGGGACGAAGCCCGCAACCAAGACGACUAAGACGUCUGCCAAGCUUCCACCAGCCAAAAAGAAGAAGAAAAUGGUGACUCCAGCCUCCCAGGAUUCGUCUGUUGCAGAUCGUCUGGUGUAUCUGACGGGCAUUCCAAAGGACGCGUCUGAGCAGGAAGUUACCGACUUGGUUGGGUCCUUUGGCAAGAUCAACAACGUGAUCCUCAUGCCAUGCUCAGAGGAAGAGAGCGAAAAGGGCGAAGGACAAAAGGCGUCGGUAUGCAUGGUGAAGGCUGAAGACGCCCAGGCUUUGGCUAAUUCCACAAAUCUCUCCAUCAGAGACCAACAAAUCACUGCUUCAGUAGCCAAGAAACCUGAUGCGGGACAGUCUUCUGAUGCUAACAACAGCAAACCUGCUCCGGGACAGGACAAAGGUGCUGGUGGGGAAGACUCUGGAGGCGAGGCUGACCAGAAGACUUCUGAUGAGAAGGGCAUGGUGUUGAUCACAGGACUUCCUGAGAGCGGCUGGUCAGAGAGUGACAUCAUCAAGCUGGUCCAGCCCUUUGGAACUCCCUCUGACAUCAUUCAGGCGGCACAAAUUGGAAAGGUACUUGUGUCAGUGCUAGACAUGGAGAUUGCUCAGGAGAUAGUGAAAGUCCACGCCUUCAUCCCUGCAAAGAUUCAAGACUCUGAGCUGAAGAUGAUCCAUAUCAAACAACGUAUCGGUCUCAGCACACCGGUGGCUCUCUACAAUCUUCUGAUGGGAUCAGUGGACCCAUUAGAGAGCGCCGUUCCAGUAGGCUGGAGCUGCCUGUUGGUGAUCAGUAAUGUUCCCAACACGCCGUCCGGCUCCUCUGAGGUCCAGAAAUUAGUGCGACGCUUUGGCACCGUCAUCAAGACCCUAGUGCUCAACAAUACGGUCAUUUGCGAGAUGGCCACUGCGGCCAUGGCCCUGUCCGUUUACAAACGCUUCCAGACGUUUCCGUGCAUCAUCCAGAACAACCCUCUGUUCUUCUCCCGCAAGCCUGACCCCAAAGCCAACACACAGACCAAAGUCAUCACUGCAUACCUGGAUUCACCUGAGGAUACACCUGCGAAUGGCAAAGGCAGCCAAGCAGCAGCAGACGAAGAGGAGACGGCACAGAAAGAGAAUUCUGCAUCUCCAUUGGAUGGGAUUGAAAAAGACGGCGAUGGGAAGGACGAAAAGAUGGAGAUUGGAAAAGACGGUGAUGGAAAGGACGAGAAGACGGAGGUUGAAAAAGACGGCGAUGGGAAGGACGAGAAGACGGAGGUUGAAAAAGAUGGUGACGGAAAGGACGAGAAGAUAAAGAGCACGGAGAAGAUGCUCGGUGAAGACAACGCUUUGGGAGAAAACUGGAGCAAAGAUGACGAGAUCAAAAAAGACGAGAUCACCAUUGCUCUUUCUGAGCAAAACGUCAAACCAGAAGGAGCCUUGGAUACAGACAUGAGGGAAAAAUCAGCUGUUAAAACUGUCAUGGAGACAGCAGAAGAGGACAAAGCCGUCGACGCACCCACAGCGGGCCAUGACGAGACUCCUGCUGGUGAAGAGACAAAGCCAUAUAGCGCCGAUGGCAAAGCAGCUUCCCUGGAGACGGCCAUGCCAGAGCUCCCUAAGGUUACUCAGGAGAUGGUUAACGCACUGCUUGUGGAGUGCCGAACAAGAACCGCCAGCCAUCCCAACAACAACAACACAGCAGCUUCCACCGACGGAGAACAGGGGGAGACACAAAUGGAGUCAGAGCCAGGUGAAAAAGCAGCAGAUGAGACAAAAGAGCCAUCCAAGAACCCCGCAGAGGAGCAGGCGAAGAAGCAGGAAAGGGAGCGAAAAGAGAGGGAGGCAAGAAAGGAGAAGGAGGCGAGGGAGAGGAAGGAGAGGGAGAGGAGGGCCUGGGAGAAGGAGGAGAGGGUCAAGCGGGAUGAAAGAGGCAGGAGGAAGAGGGAGGAGGAAAGGAGGGAAAGAGAGAGGAGGGAGAGGAAGAGAGCCUACGGCGAAGGCUUGUCGGGGUCGAGGUUGUCGUCCAGGUCGGAGGGAUGCAAGCAGAGCUCCUUGAGGGACGAACAGUACGACAACUCUGAAGCGGAGACCAAAAUGGAGGAGGAGGAGGCGUUUGAUGACUUCCCGUUCAACAUGAGCGACUUUGUGACGGUGGAUGAAGUCGGAGACGUGGCCGACCUUCCUUCCCCUCCUCCCCCCUCUGUUCUCAUGGAAACCACAGCGGGAGGGGAGGACGCCCACACAUCUGUCCAACAGAACAUUCUGGGGGACACGCCCAUUGAGGUGACUGCAGAAACGACAAUGUCAGAUGCCCCGGCAACCUUUGUGAAGCCUGACAAGCACGUAUCAGAGUCUGAACCUGUGACUGAGCCAACAGCUGAGACUUCACACGGUUCAGUGUCGUCAGAUUUAACACCGAUCGCUACAGCAUCCCUCUCAGCGGCGUCGCGAGAAGAGUCUUCACCCGGCCAAACACUUGUUCCGACAUGUCAACCAGAAGCCCCUGAGACUGAGACCACAUCGGAGACAGAAGCCACACCGACAGCCGCUCUGGACUCCACCACUGAGGUUGAGUCGCUUCCUGCACCUGCAGCUUCAGCCGCCCCAGCUGACUCCUCCUCAAACUGCCCAGCGACAGGAGCAGUGACUUCAGAGAGUGAGAAUGAUCAGAAAGAGGGCGACGCUGUCAAUCGCAGUCAGGCUAAAAAGGAGGAGGAGGAGAUGGUGUCGAACAGAACGGAGGAGCAGGAGAAGAUGCAGGAUAAAGAGGACAAAGAGACCGGAGCUCCCGCUGUGGAGACAGGAAACCAAGAGAGGUCUGAUGAUCAAACAAACACCGAAGAGGAGAGUGUAAAGAAGAAAUUAAAGACGGGCACUCCCACCAACACAGACUGCUCCCUCCCUCCUUUUGACCCCAGCAGCCCAGUUGGUAUGGAGUUCUUGGUUCCAAAGACAGGUUUCUUCUGUAAGGUGUGUAAUAGGUUCUUCAGCGGAACCAAAGAGGCAGAGAUAAACCACUGCAAAACCCUCAAGCACUACGAGAACCUCCAGAAAUACCUGCAAGCCACGAAAACGGCGAAUGUGACCGUCAAGCCCGAUUCCAUCUGAGCUGCGGCUACGAAACUCUCGACUGAAUUCAUCAUUCCCCUCCUUUUGUAAUUUUUUUUUGUCUUCAUUUAUCAACUAAGGGUCCAGAUUCUCAUCGAUGUAGAUUAGCCUCAUGUUCUGUCUCAGUUUGAAUAUGUGGUAUUUUUGUUCAUGUACAAUUUAAGACAAAUGUGUUGAAACUGUGUUAGAGUGAAAGAUGGCUGUCGGUAUGAACUGUACGAUCAAUAAAAGGGUUUACUAAA